CUGGCAGGCAAACAGUUGCUCGCUGUUCGAUCAUGUCCACUGAGUUACUUUUUCUGAUCGCCACUUUGGCGAUUGUGUUCUAUGUGUGGCAGAAGCGUCGCCAUAGCUUCUGGAAGCGCCAUGGAGUGAAGGAAAUCGGUCCACUGCCCAUAUUGGGUGAUACGGUGGGCUUCCUUACCGGCAGGUUGCCAUUCUUCGAUCAGAUCAGGAAGUUCCACCAGACUCCCGGGCUUGAGAAUGAGCCCAUCAUUGGGGUAUACCUGGCAUAUCGGCCAGCUCUGGUUAUACGCGAUCUGGAACUGAUCAAGACGGUGAUGAUCAAGAAAUUCAGUUACUUUACCAAUCGCAAACUGCAAACGGAUCCGCAUCACGAUGCCCUCGGCUACAACAAUAUGUUCUUCGUGCGUAGUCCCGAGUGGAAGGAGCUGCGCAACAAGAUCUCGCCGGUCUUUACCUCGGGCAAGAUCAAGCAGAUGUAUCCACUGAUGGUUAAGAUCGGCAAGAACUUGGAGGACAACAUCGCGCGUCAGGAGAAUAAUUCCAUAGUGACGAUCAAAAGUCUGUGCGCCCGCUUCACCACCGAUCUGAUUGCGACUAUAGCCUUUGGCCUGGACGCGAAUGCCCUGCAGGAUCCCAAGAGUGAAUUUUUCCACCAUAAUCAAGCCAUCUUUACGCCAUCUUUCAAGCGUGGCAUUGACUUUGCCAUCAUCUUCAUGCUGCCAGCCUUAGUCACAUUGGCCAGGGCGAAAGUAUUCUCCAAAUCCACAUCGGACUUUAUUCGCAGCAGCGUCAAGUAUGUGAUGGCGGAGAGAGAAAAGUCGGGGCUGCGGCGCAACGAUCUUGUGGAUAUUCUGCUGUCACUCAAACGAGAGGCUGCCGCCAGUCCCGACAAGAACAACAAGGCCAAGAACUUGGACUACUUGAUAGCCCAGGCAGCGGUGUUCCAGACGGCUGGCUACGAGACCAGCUCCUCCACCAUGACCUUGGCCCUGUACGAGCUGGCCAAGAAUGAGGAGAUCCAGAGGCGUUUGCGACAGGAGAUCGAGGAAUCAUUCGGUGGCGAGGAUCACAUUAGCUACGAGCGCAUUCAGGAGAUGCCCUACCUAACCAAGGUUGUCAACGAAACACUUCGCAUGUACCCGAUUGUGGGCUAUGCCGAGCGUGAGUGUGCCCAGCCCGCAGAGGGUGAACGCUUCACCCUGGCGCCCCAUCACGACAUGGAGCUGCCCGAUGGCAUGCCCGUCUAUGUCUCUGCUCUGGGCAUACAGCGUGAUCCCAAGUACUGGCCCCAGCCGGAUAAAUUCGAUCCGGAGCGCUUCGAUCCCGCCAACAGGGACAAACUGAACAUGGACGCCUACAUGCCCUUCGGUGUGGGUCCCCGCAACUGCAUUGGCAUGCGCCUGGGUCUGCUCCAAUCGAAGCUUGGACUCGUCAUCUUGCUGCGCAAUCAUCGGGUGAAAUGGUGCGACAAGACGGCGAAGACAAUCGAAUUUGCACCCUUGACAGCUGUCAUUGCCAGCAAGAAUGAGAUUUACCUCCGGGUGGAGCGGGUUGCGGCUUAGGAUCUGUGUAGCAGAUUCUGU